ACACUCGCGCCUAGGGAGAGGCCCCACCAUAACUUUUGAGCUAAGCAUGGCUAGUGGCCGUUGUGAUAAGCUGAUAAACAGAUAUCGAUAAGAGCUGUAAAAGACCGGUACCUAGGUACCAGUGUACCAUUGUCUGUUUCAUCGUCGUCUAGACAAGACAGGGAAGUGAUUGGAGUUCUUGGGGUCCCGCAGCAUACCUCGGCUUGUUCCCUUAUUCAAGAAGUAGCUUACCAGGAUGUAAAUGGAGAUAGGUUGUCAUCAUGUAAAUCAGAAUCUCGCAUGCUGUCUCUCGUUCUCUUUUACUCAUCCAUUAGUACCAUCUCCUCCAGAAGACCGUAUGAUCAUUAGUCCAAGCGUUCAUAAUACAAGUACAUCUCUAAGUCCCCAAAAUGGCGCCAUCACUAGAAGGAUAUGAUAGCUUCAAGCAUUUCCUGAUCUCUUCACCAUCUGAAUAUGUAGCCCAUGUGGAGACAAAUCGGCCAGAAAAGCUCAAUGCAUUCAUCGAAGAUAUGUGGCUUGAGCUGGGCCAAAUUUUCAGGAAACUAUCACACGAUCCCAGCGUGCGGGUGGUCAUAUUCUCCGCCGUUGGAGAAAGAGCAUUUACAGCAGGUCUCGACGUGCAGGCGGCGCAGCAGUCGGGCAUGCUUAUACCAGAUGGAAAGUCGGAUGGAGCGAGAGCCGCUACCCGCCUCAGGCGGCACAUUCAGGAAUUUCAAGACAGCGUUAGUGCCAUUGAGCAUUGCGAAAAGCCUGUUAUUUGCGUUAUGCAUGGUAUAUCCAUCGGUCUUGCGAUUGACUUGUCCUGCUGUGCCGACAUCAGAAUUUGCGCAAAGGAUGCCAAGUUCUGUGUGAAAGAAGUCGAUAUCGGUCUAGCAUCGGAUAUUGGGACCUUGAGUCGACUACCCAAGAUCGUCGGCAAUAAUACGUGGGUCAAAGAGGUGUGUCUGUCUGCCAGGUUGUUUGGCGCUGAAGAAGCUCUCGCUGUGGGGUUUGUCAGUCGAGUGCUAGAAAGUAAGGCCAAGGCUAUUGAGAGUGCAACGGAAAUGGCGACCCUUAUUGCUUCUAAAAGCCCUGUAGCUGUUCAGGGAACUAAGAAUAUCUUGAACCACUCCCGGGAUAACUCGGUAGCAGAAAAUCUCCGAUACACCGGCGUUUGGAAUGCAGCAAUGCUUCAGUCAAAUGAUGUAUCAACUGCCAUGCUCUCAGGAAUCAAGAAGACAAAACCAAGGUUUGAGAAGCUGUGAAAUUAAGAGGCUGUAUGUCAUAUGGGUAUUAUGAAAUAUCUAUUAGUCUAGUUUGGGGUCUCCUGAUGCGUUCCUUAGUAGUACAACAUAGAAUGCCUUACAGGUUAACGAGGAUCCUUGCGCGGUCACGUCGACCAAGCUUUAGACAGUAGCCCGUGUACUGAGUACUCGCGACCGGUUCCGCGAUAGACGGUUGCUGAAAUCAAAAAAGGGGAUGUUGCCAAGUGGCACAGUUCAAUUGCAUGACUUUAUUUCUUAACAUCUCGAUCAGAGCCCGAGUCAUCGUUGUCUAUAAUAGGGACCGUCUCCUUGAGUCUCUAUCAAUCAAGUUAGCUAUAGUUACAAUAAAGUAGAUCAGUUGAGCGAUCAGCUACGUACGUCCUCUAGUUUGGACUUGAGCUGAGCAAGCAUGACAUCCUUUAUUAAGAGAUGGGAAUCAUCGAGGUCCUCGAUUAUGUAGUCAUUCUUGUCGCUAUCGAUAUUAAUGAUAAUCGAUUUGAUAGAAGGGUCGCAUUCUACCAAGGUUCCU